AUGUCGUCAACAGGAAAAGUAAAGAACAAACCAGACCAGAACCAGACCUCCAAGAUGGAUAGGUACGAGGAGGACAGCAUGUACAUGAUCGCGAGCUCUCCCAUCGGUGGCUGCUGGCUGGAGAAAAGCUCUAGGGCCCAGAUGCGACUCUACCUCUGCGUGGAGAGAUGA